AUGUAUGCUCGUAAAGAUAUUCCAACUGUUUUACCGGAUGCUGUUUUACGUUGUCGUAAAUUACAAGCAGCAGCUAAUGUUGAAUUAGAUGAAAUGGAAAAAACGAAAUAUCGUCGAAUAAAUAAUCUUGAAUGGCAGCAACAAACAUUUCAAAAAACAAUUAAUGAACGACAUAAACGUUGGAGAAUGUAUGAUCGUGCAUUUCGUUUAAAAUUAAAACGUGAAUUAGGUGCUGAUUUAGCUGCAGCAUUAAGAUUACGAACAAAACAAGAUGAAGAACAAAAAUUUAUAUUUGAACAAAAAUUAAUUGAAAAAGCAAUAGCUAAUCAAAAAACAGAUGGCAUGAAAAGAGAUGUAGAACAAGAAUCAGAAAGAACUACAUCAGUUAUUAUUGAACAUAUUGCAAAAUCGAAUAGUGCUCAUCCAAAAUCUUAUCAAGAAAAAGUACCUCUAAAAAAUGGUUCAAAAUCUGCUGUUGAUACACGACGUGGACAAAGUGCAACAACGAAAGUUAGUCAUUCGACAUCAGUAGUUACUGAUGCAUCAAAAUUAUCACCACGACGACCACGAACAAGUCGUUUUGAUAAAGAAAUUCAACGAGAUACAAGUCCUAAUUUAGGACGCGAACAUGAUUUUGGUUCGGUUUUAUUUCGAAUAUUAUCAAAUAUUGCUGCUACACCUGAGUUAGAUGAUGAUUUUACUAUUAAAAAACGUGCAUUAGAAGCUCGUGAACGUCGACUUAUACUUACGCAAGAUGAUCGAUAUUUUAAUCUCGUUAAAGAAUUAGUACCUCAAAAAAUACCCGGUGAACACGACAGUAUUCAUUCAGAUGUAGAAGAAGAUUAA